AACAACUCUCCAGUAAUUCGACAGCGCCGCUUGCUGGAAGAAAAAUGCAAAAUGUCCAGGCAAGAGCAAUACAAUGCAAUGUUCCCAAGUGUUGCUAAUAAAGCUUUACAAAUUUGAAGGCUUCUGGGAAAAGUCAUCAACAGUUUAAAAACAUGGCAGCGAUGUUGUUUGGAAGGAUUUCGAGUUGUUCAUUAAAUGUAAAUUCAACAGCAGGAUUAAGAAUUAUCUGUAACAAAAAGUGUUUUAGCAGUGGAACACAGGUUGCAUGCCAAAGCAAUGACCGGCCCCAAGCUAGAUUCUUUCCACCUGCGGAUGGAGUUAUGUUGCCGGCUCAGGCUUUCAAGAAUAAAGUAGCCUUCAUCACAGGUGGAGGCACAGGGCUGGGGAAGGCAAUGACAACAGCGUUCUCCAGUUUGGGUGCAGAGUGUGUGAUUGCCAGUAGAAAACUGGAUGUCUUGAAGCAGACAGCUGAGGAAAUUUCCAAGCAGACGGGAAACAAAGUUCAUGCAGUUCAGUGUGAUGUGCGAGAACCAGAUUCUGUACAAGCUGCUAUAGCUGAACUCACUAAGGUUGCGGGACUUCCUGAUGUGGUGAUAAAUAAUGCUGCUGGCAAUUUCAUCUCCCCAUCUGAAGGACUCUCCCCAAAUGCUUGGAGAACCAUCACUGAUAUUGUUCUUAAUGGCACUGCUUAUGUAACACUUGGGAUAGGAAAGCAGUUGAUUAAAGCUAAAAAAGGUGCAGCUUUCUUGGCAAUAACAACGAUCUAUGCAGAGAGUGGCUCCGGUUUUGUGGUACCUAGUGCUUCAGCAAAAGCAGGAAUUGAAAGUCUGUGCAAAUCACUUGCUGCAGAAUGGGGGAGGUAUGGUAUGAGGUUUAACGUGAUACAGCCUGGGCCAAUCCCAACCAAGGGUGCCUUUAGUCGUCUUGACCCAACUGGAAUGUUUGAGAAGACAAUGAUAGAUAGGAUACCAACAGGGCGCUUGGGUACUCCUGGAGAAAUAGCAAACCUGGCUACAUACCUCUGCAGUGACUAUGCCAGCUGGGUGUCUGGAGCAGUGAUUAGAAUGGAUGGUGGAGAAUAUGUUUCCAUGGCUGGUGAAUUCAAUGAACUUAGAAAGGUAACGACUGAACAGUGGGCUAUGUUGGAGCAAAUGAUCAGAAAAACCAAGGACUCAUAAGAACAAUGCCUUUUUAAUCUAUGUGAAGAGCAUCAUGUUACUAAUAAACACUUUUCUGAUUAUUGUUCUUUUGUUUGUGUGUAUUUAAUCAAAGGCCCAAACCUUUAAAACAUUUUUAUUUUUUAAAUAAGAACCUCAUUUAACCUCAUAUUUGUUAAAUAAUUGUGGAUUGCUUCUUUACUUUUUGUGUGAAAGUAAGCAUUGAUUUACAUUUAACAUGUCAGCCACUAACUUUUAAAUGGAGGUUGUUUUAAACUACUAAUUGUUAUUAUUUUAAGAACAUAAUGCAUAACAUUAUGGGCAGCAGUGUGGAGUAGUGGUUAGGGCUCUGGACUCUUGACCGGAGGGUUGUGGGUUCAAUCCCAGGUGGGGGACACUGCUGCUGUACCCUUGAGCAAUGUACUUUACUUAGAUUGCUCCAGUAAAAACCCAACUGUAUAAAUGGGUAAUUGUAUUAAAAAAAAUAAUGUGGUAUCUUGUAACAAUUGUAAGUCACCCUGGAUAAGGGCGUCUGCUAAUAAAUAAAUAAUAAUAACCCUAACUGGGAAACACUUUGUAAUCUGUUAAUUAUUUUCCCAAAACUGGUACUUUCAAACAUUUCUUGAAGCCUUUAUCAUUUCAUAUGUUUUUUGUUUUUUUUUUUUUGUUUGUUUUUUUUUUAACUUACCAGUGAAUAGUUGGUUGCUGUGUAGUAUGUAAUAAUAUGGUUUCUGUGGGGAAAAUGUAACAUGAUGAGAAAAAAACAAAAAAACAUGUAGAAUUUUACCAUUUCAUAUCUGUUUGGCAGAACCAUGGUUUAUGAAGUGUGCAUUCGAUGUUUAUGCUGGUUAGAUCCAGUAAGAUGCAGUAUCUCUGGCACAGCUCAAUUGCCAUGAGUGUCAUCAGGCCUCAUUAAGUUAUAUAAUGUGGGCUGAGCUUGAAGCUGUUUUUAUCAGGCCUGCCUAAUGGCCUAACCUGUGGUAUACUACUCGCAAAGUCAACACUGAGUAUCACAAAAAACAACAAACCACUGACCAGAAAAUUCUCAGAACUUACUUGACCCCCUUAUUUCACUAUCGGCAAGCAUGCUUUGGGGACUCCAAACAAGCAUAAACAAGUAAUACAUUGGGUUGUAUUUCACUUCAUUCAAUCCUAUUGAAAAAGGAGGAACUGCCUCUGCUCUACUGGCUAGAUGUUUGUGACAUGAUAUUAGCUUUGAAAAAAUAACAGGCAUGGGAUUAAAUCUAUUAAAUAGUGAUAUAUAUAAUGUGAUAAAAGUUUGCAAUAUUAAACAGCUGUUUUUGAUCGUUCUGAUGAGUACCUUAUCUAUUACAUAUUGAAACUGUCAUAUCUUUGUACCAUGAAUUUUCUAAUAAAAUGUUGUUUUUAAAAUCA